AUGUGGAAUCCAUCACCAGCACCUGCUACUACGACGGCUUCUGCUAGCUCACCCUUAUCCUCUUCUAUGAUAUCCAUCACCCAAACCGCGCUAUAUAAACCUGCUGGUAGUAGCAACUCGCUUGGACAGCAAUUGGUAAGCAUGUCUGCCAACAGCUUCGAUGGAGCGGGCGAUAUAUCAGCUCCCUCUGGCCAUUUGCAAAACAGGGUAUCGCCAACUAGCGACCAGUCAGGAAAACAGGCAGAGCUGGACACCGACACUGAGAUUAUUGAAAAUUUGGAGCUUUUGCAUCCAAGUCAGUUCAAUGGCGAAGAAAUGAAUAUAGAUCUCAUUCCAUUUGAGGGACCGCCAGUCAGUACACAUAUGAGCCCACAAAAACCACUCAGCAGGUUGCCAACACAAACAAACAAAAAAUCCCAAAUGUCCGCACCUACAGUAGUGAAAAAUGGAUGGCAAGCAAAACCACAAAAAGUUGUGAAUGACGAAAAACUGAUGCAGUUGAAAGUUAGCAACGAGGAAAAAGAAGAUAAUGAUCUGGGCAGCAACCAACAGGCUCAACAAACCUCUUCCACAACGGAAGUCCCAACUUCCAGUGCCUCAGUAACAACCGAGGCCAAGGAAAUGUCAGAGGAGACUACAACAACCGAGUCUGAGAUGAGUGAAAACAUAACGAAUGACGAAAUCAAGGCGGAGGACAUUGAGACUACUGAAAAUGAAACCGAAACAGCAACUGUGAGCAAGAAAAUUAACGAUAAAUCUAUGGAGGAUAUUACAAUGGUUAGUGAUCUUUCUCGACUAACAUUCCACAAUGAAGAUUUUCCCAAGUCUAACGAGAAAAAGUUGGCCACAUCUACUCGACUUAAGAUAUCAAAAACAGAAUUGCCGCUAAAAGCUGGAGUAUCACCCGAUGAUUUCCUCUUCCUCCAUCCAAUAAACUCGGAUGGACAACGCCGCUCGCCAAUUCGAACAUACCGUCCUCAUGUUAGAACACAGGAGGUUAAGGAGAGGGAUAGUCCCAGCAUAGAGAACAGUAUAACAGUUGCCGAUGAUGAUUAUGUAGGGACAGAAGCAUUCCUUGUUGGGCACACUACUACAGCAUCGCCACGUCGUGAUCUUCCUGCCGCAAGAAAAAUUGCAGAAUCAAUGACGCAUAAAGUGGAUAAUGCACACUCUGUGGAUGAAGAGACAAAUGCAAGUCCUUUCGAGGAGGAAAGUUCAGAGGCUCUAGCUGCCAACCGUGCCGAUCACGCUUUAUCCAGAAUCCAUGACAAUCUCAGCACUCGGUUGAAUAUUAGUUUUCAAGGAGACGAAGAUAUUGAAGAUGUUAUAUUGAAACUGUCAUCUCCUAAUUUGAACAUUCGGCGUGCUCCAGUCCGAGAAUCACAGCCGAGAGAGCAAUUUGAAAAGCAUGCUCUGGAAACAGAAAACGACGAUUUAAAGCAGCUUCAAGACAGCUCUAAGGAUAGCUUCAAUGUGCACAAAGAUGGAAGUAGGACACAUGUGCCGUCUGGAAUGCGGCCUAUUGCAAUUCCCGAAAUGGCUAUCUUCGAGAAGGAGCACGAGGGAGAAAAUAUCUUGGAAGAAUUGGCAGAAAUUGAUGAUAGCGACGAAGACGAUGAAGAGGAUUCUGGCGAGGAUGAUGAUGUCCCUAUACACCAAAACGGUAAACAGUGGUUUAAUUAA